AUGGUAGAUAACGAGGCCAUCACGCACAUCUGUCGCCGUAACUGGAUAUUGAACGCCCCACGUAUUACCAAACCUGAAUCGCUUAAAUUGCCCAGAUAUGUUUCCUCUAUUACUGGCUCGCUUCGUUUUGAGAGGCCUCUCAAUGUAGACCUGACUGAAUUCAAACCAAUUUGGCCUCCUCGAAUUCACGUUCCUUUGGCCAACAUACGCCCCGGUCAUAUCCGCCGAGAAAGCUUACCACGAGCAGCUGUCAGUUGCGGAGAUUCACCAACGCCUGCUUCGAGCCUGCCAACCAGAUGGGAAUGUGAUCCCCGCCACGGCAAAUACAUGCCUGCUGACAUGCAUGUACCGCGGCGAUGUGGUCCGAAGCGACCAGUGCUUUCGUACAUGGUUGUGGGAGAGGGCAUGGAGGAAGGAGAGUUCUCCGAGGCCCGCGAGGAUUUGGCAGCCCUGGAGAAGGACUAUGAAGAAGUCGGCAUGGAUUCUGUGGAAGGAGAGGGUGAAGGAGCUGAAGAAUACUGA